AUGGCCGGACGUGAGAAACAGGCACUCAUACCUUCACUCGUUCUGCCCGGUCCCGGAUACUACGAUGGCGAAUACACUGUGAUUAAACCGAAACCGCCCAUCUACACAAUGCGUGGCAAGUUCAAAACGCGCUCUGAUGACAUGAAGCCCGGUCCGGGGGCGCACUGUCCGGAGAAGUAUGUGGAGAAGCGUUCCGUGCCGGCACCUUCAUUUGGCAUCCUGCACUCGCCUUUCCUUGGUCUGUACAAGCAGGUGGUUUUAUCAGAUCAAUGGACGCGCUGCGCCUUUCAAAUGCGGCAGGAUAGGGGCCUCAAAUAA